CUUAGCUUCCAAAGCCCUACCUAUAAAGCUGAUAAAAGCAGAGCAGAUCUGGUCAGGUCCUGAGACGCUGAGUCCAGAGCAAUGUUGCGGAAGACAGUGCUCUUGCUGGCCCUGGUGGACCAGGUGCUGGUGUUGGAGAAUGGGCUCCUGCGGACGCCACCCAUGGGCUGGCUGGCCUGGGAACGCUUCCGCUGCAACACUGACUGUCAUGAGGACCCAAAGAACUGCAUCAGUGAGCGGCUCUUCAUGGAGAUGGCUGACCGGCUGGCACAGGAUGGUUGGCGGGACCUGGGCUACACAUACCUGAACAUCGAUGACUGCUGGAUUGGAGGGCGUGAUGACAAAGGCCACCUGGUCCCUGAUCCCAAGCGCUUCCCCAGGGGCAUUGCCUUCCUGGCUGACUAUGCUCACUCCCUGGGCCUGCAGCUGGGCAUCUACGAGGACUUGGGCAACUUUACCUGCAUGGGUUACCCAGGCACCACGCUAGACAAGGUGUUCCAGGACGCUCAAACCUUCGCCGAGUGGAAGGUGGACAUGCUGAAGCUGGAUGGCUGCUUCUCAACCUCGGAGGAAAAGGCUAAAGGGUACCCCAUGAUGGCUGCUGCUCUGAAUGCCACAGGCCGCCCCAUCGCCUUUUCCUGCAGCUGGCCAGCCUAUGAGGGGGGCCUCCCCCCUGAGGUGAACUACAGUUUGCUGACAGACAUUUGCAACCUCUGGCGUAACUAUGACGACAUCCAGGACUCCUGGAGCAGCGUGCUGUCCGUCCUGGACUGGUUUGUGGACCACCAGGACAUACUGCAGCCAGUGGCCGGCCCUGGGCAUUGGAACGACCCAGACAUGCUGCUCAUUGGGAACUUUGGCCUCAGCUUCGAGCAAGCCCGGGCCCAGAUGGCCCUGUGGACGGUGCUGGCGGCCCCCCUCUUCAUGUCCACAGACCUGCGUACCAUCUCCGCCCAGAACGUGGACAUUCUGCAGAAUCCACUCAUGAUCAAAAUCAACCAGGACCCCUUAGGCAUCCAGGGACGCAGGAUUCUCAAGGAGAAGUCCCACAUCGAAGUGUUCCUGAGGCCCCUGGCCAGUGAGACCUGCGCCCUGGUCUUCUUCAGCCGCAGGACGGAUAUGCCUUAUCGCUUCCGCUCCUCCCUCGCCCAGCUCAACUUUACCAGCUCCAGCGUGUAUGAGGCCCAGGAUGUCUACACUGGCAAUGUCAUCAGUGGCCUCCGGGCUGAAACCAACUUCACAGUGGUCAUCAACCCUUCAGGGGUGGUGAUGUGGUACCUGUAUCCUGUCAAGAAGCUGGAGACAUCCCAGCAGUGAGGAGCUGGGACAUGUGACAGGUUGAAGCAGCACCGCUGAGCCCAGACCACAGAGCCUCGGCCUACUGAGGGCCAGUAGGAGGGGUUCCCUGCUACCAAGGCCUGCUUGGCGACCAACCCCAUCUGACCCAAAGUACCACCUCAGGGCCGGAUUCCAUACGCUUAAACUCUUUUGGACACCUGUCUUGGGCACGGUCCUGGGGCCUUCCUGGCCUCUUUCCUUGUCUGCACAGCCCCACAGAUAUUGCUAAACAACUCAGCCAGACUGCUGAGCCCCUACAGGCAGGGGCGCUGAUCCCCAUCAGGACUCCAGCCGCUGACCUGCUUUUGAUGGCUCUGAAAUCAGGAUCUGGAAUUUUUCUUAUAAUUGGGAGUGGAGAUCUGACCUAUGGGGAAUUUCUAGGAAUGGUGUGAUUGGUUUUCCGGCCCGGAGGAGGUCUUGCAGGCUAACACUGCCCGGGAAUGACUUUGGCUCCUUCAGGUCACCAAUAAAGCCGUUCUGCAGUCAAGUA